AGGUGUGACCGUACUGCUCCUGCUCGCGAGUGUGACCCAUCCGCUCAAAGCUCACGAAGCACAUUUGUUGUAGCGCUCCGCCGUUGUUGACUUGUUUUGUCGUAGGCUCCAAUUGGACCGAUCUGAUCAGACUUUGAAUCGAUCGCAUUAAUUUCGAAACAAAAACUCUUUAUCGGGAACUAGCCGAAUGCAUAAGAUCAGAUCGAAAACACGCUGACAAUAUAAUAAUAUAGCCUAAAAACCUGCGAAAACGUGAGCUCUUACGUCGGUCGCGUGAGUGUGUGUGUGUGGUGAGCUCCUCUCUCUCCCCCCACCCCUUCGCCCACGUUUCGCUCAGCGCGCAAAAGUAAAUUUUAGUGCAAAUAAAUUGCUUUGCUUAUCUCAAAGCGCGCGCUCGCAUGAUGAACGCAGCUGUGUGCGUGAGUGUGUUUGUGGGGAGUGAGUGUGCGAGUGUUGUUAAUUAAUUUACAAAAGUCGCUCCUGUUUGGCGAACAACAGAAAACAGCAGUAGCAAAAGAAGAGGCAGAGAGAAGUGCGAAAACGAAAGAAAAACAACAACGGACCUGCUAACGGCAGUUGCAUGUGGGCCACUUCGCCCACCCAAGCCCCCACCCCAUCCCUCGCUGGCGGAAAACGAAAGUUCUUUUACGUGUAACACAGCAAGACUCUCAGAAAGGAGGAGAGGGAGAGAGCGCAGAGCCCCACAAGCGAGAGCGCCAAUGUAGGAGAGCGCCAUUUGGCCUUGAACUUGCGGACGUUAUACAACAAAUCUCAGGUGGAAGCAGCAGUUUAAACAUCAAUGUCAAUUCCCAUUAACUGCAUACAAUAACCCGAUGUACAAAUGCGUAAUAUAAGUGAUCCACGCGAGUUUUCUAGGACUAUUUUCGAGUAUUCACCGGAAGCUCGCUGAACAGUGGCCAUAGAUCUUUCUUUCGGAGGGAAUCACUGCUGGGACAGUUGGCUCCCGUAUAAACUCAAUCUUUUGUACCUGUUGUGUCGGCAAACUGAUGAAUGCGAGCUCCCCGAAGAAGUUACCUGAGGACAAUUUAUACGGAACACACAAUUAUAUAAAAUUAUAUACACACCUAUAUACAAGUAGAAUUUGCCGUUUUAACAAGCCGUCCACUUAAAAAACAAGCAUAAAGGAUUAUAUAUAGACAACCUAUAUAAAUAUGCACCACGUCUGCCACGUCAGGAAGAGCCACAGCAAUCCGCAGGGCAGCAACUAACGGAGUUCUCCCGCCAGCUGCCGGAAAUCCAGUAGCAAAUCCAGCAAAACUAGCGACCAAGCCAGCAGGAAUCAGCCAGCCGAGGACAAGGACACCGCCAUUUCCGUUUCCAUUGCAGGAUAAUAGGAAAUCUGUUGCCAUGGGCCGCAAAAAAAUUCAAAUAUCACGCAUCACCGAUGAACGCAAUCGGCAGGUGACCUUCAACAAGCGCAAGUUCGGCGUGAUGAAGAAGGCCUACGAGCUGUCCGUGCUCUGCGACUGCGAGAUCGCCCUGAUCAUCUUCUCGUCGAGCAACAAGCUGUACCAGUACGCCAGCACCGACAUGGAUCGCGUCUUGCUCAAGUACACCGAGUACAACGAGCCCCACGAGUCCCUCACCAACAAGAACAUCAUCGAGAAGGAGAACAAGAACGGCGUUAUGUCGCCGGACUCGCCCGAAGCCGAAACGGACUACACACUCACUCCGCGAACGGAGGCCAAGUACAACAAGAUCGACGAGGAGUUCCAGAACAUGAUGCAGCGCAACCAGAUGGCCAUCGGCGGAGCGGGCGCAACACGCCAGCUGCCAAACAGCAGCUACACGCUGCCCGUUUCCGUUCCGGUGCCGGGAUCCUACGGCGACAACCUGCUGCAGGCCAGUCCACAGAUGUCCCACACCAACAUCAGCCCCCGUCCAUCGAGUUCGGAGACGGAUUCAGGUGGGAUGUCCCUGAUAAUCUAUCCAUCGGGUUCCAUGCUGGAGAUGUCGAACGGCUAUCCGCAUUCACACUCGCCGCUUGUGGGAUCACCGAGUCCGGGUCCCAGUCCUGGCAUAGCCCACCACUUGUCCAUUAAGCAGCAAUCGCCGGGCAGCCAGAACGGACGAGCUUCCAAUCUAAGGGUUGUCAUACCGCCAACCAUUGCCCCCAUACCGCCCAAUAUGUCAGCGCCGGAUGACGGGGGAUAUGCAGAUCAACGACAGAGUCAGACAUCGCUAAACACGCCAGUGGUCACGCUGCAGACGCCGAUUCCCGCCCUCACGAGCUAUUCCUUCGGGGCGCAGGACUUCUCCUCCUCGGGCGUAAUGAACAGCGCAGAUAUCAUGAGCCUCAACACCUGGCAUCAGGGCCUGGUGCCGCACUCUAGUCUCUCGCACCUGGCUGUCUCGAAUAGCACGCCGCCGCCCGCCACCUCCCCCGUUUCCAUAAAGGUCAAGGCUGAGCCGCAGUCGCCGCCGAGAGAUCUUUCCGCCAGCGGCCAUCAGCAGAACAGCAAUGGUUCCACGGGCAGCGGCGGCUCCAGCAGCAGCACCAGUAGCAACGCCAGCGGUGGCGGAGGUGGAGCAGUAGGCGGUGGAGCCGUCAGCGCAGCCAAUGUCAUCACGCACUUGAACAACGUCAGUGUCCUGGCGGGAGGUCCUUCGGGGCAGGGCGGAGGAGGCGGUGGCGGAGGCGGCGGCGGCAGCAACGGGAACGUCGAGCAGGCCACCAAUCUUAGCGUGCUGAGCCACGCGCAGCAACACCACCUGGUCAUGCCCAACUCGCGCCCCUCGUCCACGGGCCACAUCACACCCACUCCAGGGCAUGAUAAGUAUGAAGGAUAUCCGUACCGCGCGCUAAUGGGACAUAAUCCUAGAUGGAAUUUUGCCGGUAAAUUGGCCACAAACGAAAUACAUCAAAUACAUUCAGACACACACAUACACAUACACAUAUACAAGCAUACAAGCACCUAUAUAUACGCAUACAUACAAAACUAUAGACCAUAUCUUCUAAAUGCAACAAAAACAAAAUCGUUUUUAGAAACGGGGGCACUUGAAACCAAGUUUGAUUUCGUCUAAGUUUCGGGAGCCUUUAAGCCUUUGUAAAAUCCUACAGAAAUUUUGUUUGGCUGCCUUUCGUUUUGAUUUUUCUCCACUAACCACACAACCAAGCGAUUUCCUGCUAACCACAAACACCACCUAAAGUUCUACAAGUCCCUUUAAGGUGGGAAUUGAAAUAUAAACCUUAUUUCUCGGGCCUUUGGGGACUUCUAGAACUGCAGGAGUCAUAAUCACAAACACAAGCUCACAACGGUCAGAUGCUGAAUGUCCGAGUGUCUGGCCACGCCCCGCCUGCCCUGAAUGCCCGUCCGCCUGCCUUUGUCAUACACAUGCGACCUUGGAUCAAAUCAAACUAAUAGCU